GGCGUCUAGGUGCCGACAACGCCGUGGGCUAUAGCUAUAAAUACACGGCAUAGGCGGCAUCUACGCGUUCAAUUUUAUGACGCAAUCUUCAAGCGACGACUACUUCCUCCGAUUCACCAUGGCCGAAGCUGAAUCGAAAAAAGUGAUCAAGUUAGUCCCCGAGUAUCUCCUCAAAAAGAGGAAAUCUUACCAGGCAAUUAAAGCCACACAAGCCAAGCUUGUGCUGCUUGAGAAGAGGAAGAUAUCAAGGGGCAAACCACUGAAAUUUAAGCGUUUAGAGGAUUUCUUGAAGGACAGUCACAGGAAGCAUCGUGAUGAUACUCGCAUUCGCAGGUCUCAACGCAGACCACCUGCUCCUCUGCCGCCUGCUAAGAACAAGCUAGCCUUUGCUGUGCGCAUCAGAGAGAUUAAAGGUGUCAGUCCUAAAGUUAUGAAGGUGGUCCAGAUGAUGAGGCUGAGAAAGAUCUUCAGCGGGGCCUUUGUUAAAAUUAACAAGACAUCUGUUGCCAUGAUGAAGAUGGUGGAGCCAUAUGUGGCCUGGGGAUUCCCCAACUUGAAGUCCGUUCGUGAACUCAUUCUGAAGAGAGGUCAGACCAGGAAAGGCAAGAGGCGAGUCCCUCUCACAGACAACACCUUCAUUGAGCAACACAUGGGGAAACAUGGCAUCAUUUGUUUGGAGGAUCUGAUCCAUGAGAUCUACUCUGUUGGCAAGAGCUUCCGAGCCGCCAACAACUUUCUGUUGCCCUUCAAGCUGUCAGUGGCUCGUCAUGCUGCCAGGGACAAAGCUGGUCUCCUGAAGGACCUGGGAAACCCUGGCUUCCGUGGAACAGAUAUUAACUCAAUCAUCAGACAACUAAACUGAGAGGAAACCCAAGUGAGAUGGACACUCUGGACCAGUUUGAGGGAUGCUGUAUUUGUUAAAGAGCAACGGACUAAAAAAUAUUUUACUUUUUUGUUGCCUUGCCAGAGAAUCAUGUGGGAUUCACUAUGCCAUGUUUAACAUACAUUUAUCUGUAAAUUUAAACACACUGGGAGAUGGCACAAAUCUAAAGUGCAGUGCCUUAUCUCGUCAGUUAUUGUCAUGUUUGAGUUUUGCAUUCAUGUUGUGCCACUGUCAGUCUGGACCACAGACUGAUGAAGCAGUGGUACUUUCUGCUGAAAAUGUUAUCACAUUUCUUGUGAAAUUAAAAACAAUUAAUUAUA